AUGUUGCGUCAAUUGAGAAAGAAGUAUCUGAUAGGCCUGAUCAGCAACGGUCCGUCAAACGCUCAAUGGGAGAAAAUACGUAAGCUGUCGCUAGAACAGUACUUCGAUAUCAUCCUGGUGUCCGGUGAUUUGCCGUGGGAGAAACCGGAGGCGGAAAUAUUUCAUAAGGCCUGCCACUUUCUUAACGUGAGACCCGAAGAAUGCAUCAUGGUCGGUGACAAGUUGGAGACCGAUAUUUUAGGUGGAAUUGAGGCUGGACUGCGCGGGACCGUGUGGAUACCUCUUGCAGAUAAACCUCGUCUUUUGGGAGACGAUCCCAAACCAGAUUUUACGAUAAGACAUAUAACAGAACUUAUGCGCAUAAUAGACAGGGGUCCAAACGCGCCGGAACUUGAAGACUGUUCUUCAAACGCGUCCGAUGGCAGCUAA